GCGCGCCCCGCAACGGGAGCGCCCCGGGAGGCGGCGGCGGCCGCCCGGCACCCGCGUCCUUCCCCACCGAAACUGCGGCAGGAGCAUCGCCUCCCGGCACGCUGCUUCUCGCAAGGAGACAAUAUUGUUGUUGAAGAUUAGUCAGAUGCCUUCCGUCCAUUCCCUGCCUCACAUGCUAUGUCAUGCAAGCUUUGGAACACUUAGAACAUAAUUUAAAUGAAUGACUAAUUUGGCAAGCAUAAUGGAAGGCACGCAUACCAUCCUCCUGUUGCACAAACCCAUUACGGAGCUUUGUUACAUCAGCUUCUAUCAUCCAGAUGGGAAAGUCUCAGGAUUUACUUACAUGGGCUCUGGAACUCCGGAUAGAACCAGUAAGAAUUUCUGUGGCUGCUAUCAAGUGAGGGAGAGGUUAGACAUGGCCCUGAGAGAACAGCCUUAUAAAGAUCGUGGAGUUAUUAUUUUCAAGCAAGCUACCACAAAAGAUCUUCUGAAUGAAAUGUACAAACUAACUGCUGAAAAGGUAAAACUGUUACCCAGUGUUCUGAGAUCCCAUCAUAUUCCGGACCUUAAGGCAGGACAUCAGGAGGAAAAGCGACAGGAUGUUUCCGGAGUCCCGAAACUUAAAGGUGAUAAUUACUCCAUUCUUACAUGUCAGCAGGAGCUAUUGCUGGAUUCUACAAAGAGAGACAAUUUGAAUCACAAAAAAAUGAGGAAAUACAGAAGGAAAGAGAGCUUUGAGGAGAUCAGACAUCGGAAAGAGGGAAAAAAGAUGCAUGAACAUCUUUUUUUACUGAGUACACAAGACAUGCAACAGAAAAAUAAGAAGAUGGUCUCCACAAGACUUUCUACCAGCAGUUAUCCCAGCUCCUUUUCUCCCUCCAGCUGGCUAACAGUAAAAGGUAAGGAUAAUUUACCAGUAGACAACAAAAUACAACCAGAAAGGUUGAUAGAAGAGGAGUAUUUUCUUAAAAGCGGCAAAGUUGUGAAAUUGGAUGCUGACUUACCAAGUUCUAGCUCAAAAGACAUCAAUGAUGUUGUUGCAGUUGAACCAGUGGAAAAUGGAGAAUGCGUUCCUGAAGUUACCAAGGUACAACAGGGGACCACUUUGGUGAAUUCAUCUCACUGUAGUCUCUUUAACAAACUCGAGACAUUAAGUAAAUCGGCAGCUGCUAAAAUCUUGAAAAGUAGCAAGUGUGCUGAGCCAGUGUGCAAGGAGAAACCAGGAAUUACAGUUCUUGCUGAAGUCCAGGAUUUCGACAUUAAAAAAGUUACCAACCCCCCUGCAGAGUCUUUACCUGAUUCUCACAGAGAUAAUGAAACCAUUUCUCCUGCUCUCAUAAGAGCACAUAAUGAGUUUAUAUCAAGAAGUGAUGUAUACUCUGUAGAUGAAGCUGCUGGAGACUCUAAUAACAGUGUGCUGCAGGAAAAGGAGGAAGACGGCUCUGGUUUGCAGCACAAAGCAGAGAGAGUGCACAUUACUGAUGAGUCAUGCAACCUUGUGGGAGCAGUUAAUAAAGCUCUUCUGAAAGUUAUCCGGAGCGACAGUUUGGAUGAAGCUGCAGAAUGGAAGAGACUGCAACAAAUUACAAGAGUAGACAGAAACCUGCCAGGCUCACUGUAUGAGAAAAGGACCACGGUAUCCCGGGGAAACAGCAAGCAUUUAUUUUUGAACCUGCCUGUAAAUGAAAGUCCUGAUAUUCCUCAGACAAGUAAUAAUCUUAAACUGGAAGAGAAAAGGCUGCAUUCACCCCCAUUAGCAGCAGUGAGUAAUGUUUUUAGUAAUUCAUAUCCGCUAUCUAAUACACACAAACAAAUGUCACCUAUUCCUUCUCCGUUAUCUUCGAGACUGCCCAGCCCGCAGCUGCAUCACCGGAUCCUCCCGUUACCAACACAGAACACCGAGGACGAAUCCAUGUUCAGUGACUAUGGCCAUGGAAGGCACGGUGCUAUAAACUUCUCCUUCAGUGAUUUGGAGCCACAGUUUUUUCGGAAGUUUUCUGAUUCUGGAGAAUUGGGAUUUGCCAGCAGACAACGGGGCCUACAUCAGAAUGCAACUGCAGGACAUUUUGAAAAGUGUACUGUGCAAGAAAAAUUAACUACUUGGACACAGCAGAAUUUCUGUCCAGCAGAGUCUGCUUCAAAGGAUGACUUCACUGAACGGCUGACUAGUUUGGAUGUGGCAAACAGAGAUGAAGAUACGUGGGUCCUGGAUUGCAGACUGGGGCAAUCAAACUCAUUUCCUCAUUCAAGUGAGAAAGAGAAGAUCAACAGAAGUGUGUUGCAUCUGAACCUGGAACUGAAUCCUGACCUGAGUCCCUCAGAGCAAGAUGACAAGACUCCAGGGAGACUCCAGACUGUCUGGCCACCACCAAAAGCAAAUCAUGAAGAAGUAAAAGUAGGAUUAAAGUACACAGAAGCAGCUUACCUAAAGCUUUACAAGGAGGGACCACCAGAGUACCAAGCUGCCAUUCUGCAUUUAAAGAGGGAACACAAAGAAGAAAUUGAAACAUUAAAGUCUCAGUUUGAACUCAGGGUAUUCCAUAUUCGUGGAGAACACGCUGUCUCAACUGCUCAGCUUGAGGAAACCAUUGCACAUCUGAAGAAUGAACUUGAUAAUAAAUUAAACAGAAGAAAUGAAAAAGCAAAGGAUAUUGGUGUUUCUACUGAAGAUGAUAACCCACCAAAGGCAUACCGAAAUGUAUGUAUACAGACUGACAGAGAAACUUUCAUAAAGCCUAGUGAAGAAGAAAACAGAGCUGUGAAAAAUAACCAAAUAGUACCCAAAAAGCUUAAUAUUUCUUCUUUGACACACAGUAUAUCUGCCCAAAGUGAAAAUAAGGACAAUUACAAUGUACAGUCAUCAGAAAGUGUCUUCUCUUGUCAACAAAAACAAAUGCUGCCUCCUCCACCACCACCACCACCUCCUCCACUUCCUUGUUCUUCACUGUCCGCUGUAGUUCCUACACCACCACCUUUGCCAAUGGGUCCGGCUUCACUGACAUCUCAGUUUGGAUCCGGCCCACCACUGCCACCUCCACUGUCUGAAGGCUGUAGGAAUUUUCAAGCACCACCCCCGCCGCCACCACCACCACUUCCAGGGCUGGGACCUCCUGUUCCUCCUCCACUGCCUGGAUCUGGGUUACCUCCACCCCCUCCACCUCCUGGACCUGGGCUCUUUUUUAAUAGCACUUUAUCCUCAAACCAAGGCCCUCGAAAACCUGCCAUUGAACCUGGCCGUCCCAUGAAGCCUUUGUACUGGACACGAAUACAAUUGCAAGAUAACAGGAAAACUGCUAUGCCAACAUUAUGGGAAUCACUGGAAGAACCUGAUAUACUUGACACUACUGAGUUUGAAUAUUUAUUCUCCAAAGACACUACUCAGGAAAAAAGAAAACCAUUAUCAGAAACUUACGAAAAAAAAACCAAGGCCAAAAAGAUUAUCAAAUUGCUGGAUGGAAAACGAUCUCAAACUGUAGGAAUUUUAAUAUCGAGUUUGCACUUGGAGAUGAAGGAUAUUCAACAAGCUAUAUUGUGUGUUGAUGACUCUGUAGUAGAUCUGGAGACACUGGAAGCCCUAUAUGAAAAUAGAGCACAAAAGGAUGAACUGGAGAAAAUCAAGCAAUAUUAUCAGACUUCAAAAGUGGAGGAACUGAAGCUUCUGGAUAAACCAGAACAAUUUCUGUAUGAGCUGUCUCAAAUCCCCAACUUUGCAGAGCGAGCUCAGUGUAUUAUCUUCCAGUCGGUUUUCUCUGAAGGGAUCACAUCAGUGCACCGCAAAGUAGAUAUCGUGACUCGUGUUUCCAAGGCAUUGCUGAGCAUGAAAAGUGUAAAGGAAAUUUUAGGCUUGAUUCUGGCUUUUGGAAAUUAUAUGAACGGAGGGAAUAGGACCCGAGGUCAAGCUGAUGGGUUUGGUUUGGAAAUACUCCCCAAACUAAAGGAUGUCAAAAGCAGAGAUAAUGGUAUUAAUCUUGUGGAUUAUGUCGUCAUAUAUUACCUACGCCAUUGUGAUAAGGAAGCAGGAACAGACAAGAGUAUUUUUCCUUUACCAGAACCACAGGAUUUUUUCCAGGCCUCCCAAGUUAAAUUUGAAGACCUAAUAAAAGACUUAAGGAAACUGAAGAGAGAUCUAGAAGCCUCUGAAAAGCAGAUGAAGCUAGUUUGCAGAGAGUCUUCUGAAGAGCAUCUCCAGCCCUUCAAGGAGAAAUUAGAGGAAUUCUUCCAGAAAGCUAAAGAAGAACGGAAAAAAGAAGAGAACAGUUUGGAAAAUGCUCAAAAAUGCUUUGAAGAAACAGUGGGAUACUUUGGGAUAAAGCCAAAGCCUGGCGAGAAGGAGAUCACACCAAACUACGUUUUCACGGUGUGGUAUGAAUUCUGCAGUGACUUCAAGACCAUUUGGAAACGAGAGAGCAAAAGCAUUUCCAAGGAACGAAUUAAAGUGGCUCAGCAAUCAGUGAGCAAGUUAACUGCAGAGAAGAAAGUUGAAACGAAGAAAAUCAAUCCUACAGCUAGCCUGAAAGAGAGACUACGUCAGAAGGAAGCCAGUGUGACUGCCAACUGAAAGAAGGUGAAUGAAAAUGGUGGAGUGAUUUCAUACCUUGCCUGAUGCUUUAUUACACCAAUGGCCCAGGAAGCACCUUAUGUUAGAUACUGAAUUCUGCGUUGCUCAUCUGUCCCAAGACAAUCCAUUAAAGACUUUCGAGUUCCUUCAGAGGGGUUUGUAUGUUCAGUGGAGGAAAUUCUAAGAAGGUUUUUACAUGGGAAGUCAAAAUUUUUUUUCUGUAACUCUUCCUUACAUUGCUUAAAAAUGCAUCUUGUUGUUAAUGGUUAAUUAAAAUAUUCUUUGUAUAAUGUAUUAACAUGGAAAAGCUAAAAUGAGUAUUUUUGGAUACUGAGUUAAGUUAUGACUAACAACCUGUAGGUUAUUUACGGGGCUUUAUGUAGAUGAGAGCAAAUAUGCCAUUCAGUUCACAAAGGUCUAUUGCAGCAUACUUUUUGUUACUUCAGUAGUAACUGAGGUAAAAUUGACUCAUUCUAAAUAAUUUUACAGUGUCUAAGUGUUGGACGCAUCUUUCUAAAACUUACUAAAUGUAAUUAUAGAUUCAUGCUGUAUUUUACUAUAAAUAUUUUUAUAGAUGCUUCAGCUUAUGCCAUUCAUUAAAAUGGGAGUAAUAUUUUGCACGUAAAAAGGAAUAUUCAAAUUAAUUAGUUUUAUGAUUGAUGGCAUAACAGAUUUAUUAUUUUUAUGGUUUUAAUCUAACAUUUCCUAAAUUUUGAGCUUCAAAAGAAAAAAAGAUAAAAUGUAUAUUUUUAUUUCAGCAUAUAUUGCAAAUACCAGUUCCAUAAAAUGAUGAGUUUGAAGGUCAUUAUUAAUGAAGACACAAUAAUAUCUCUCCAUGGAGUUACACAUUUGCCAUUAAAUAUUUGACUUUUAAUCCUGUUGAAAGCUUUCUUUUUAAUAGCAAUUAUCUCACUCUAAAAUACAUUAUGCAGUCUGCUUUUGUCCCCCUAUAUUUGUAUGAAGAAGGUGUCAAGCACACCUAUAUAUUUAUAUAUAUAUAUAUACAUAUGUUUUUUAAUUUAUAUAUACAUAAUACAAUAAGUAAAACUUCAGAAGGAAUUAGCAGGGUCUUGCUGUCCUCCUGUAACAUUAUCACCAUUGCCAUAAAGUGGCAAAGCCUGAAAAUAACCCUACUGAAUAUCCACCAUUACUUGAAGAUUUUUACUGCGUUUUAAGGAUUUGGAUUCUUAGGAGGAGAAAUCUGGAAGCAGAAGUUAAUUUAAGGUAAAAGAGAAAAGUGAUUCUGCUUGCUGUCCACAAGAGAGAAACUGACUUUAUGAUAGUGGUGUAUGAAGUUGGUUACAAAGAGAAAUUAGGUGAAGCAAAAAGGUGCAAAAAGCCAGUAAGGGAAAAGCAUUUGUCCUUUGCUUUAAAACUGGAAAGAAUAUACAUGAGACAGACAUCAGUUAUCAUACAGCAAAUUUGAUAGAGAGACUGAGAUGAAACCUAGGCAAAGUCACCCCUAGCAGUGUACAUAUUAAGGAAAAUAGCAGUUUUGGAGACCCAUUCAUAAAUUAACUUAGGAUUUCAGUGCAGGUUUCUUAAAUUAGUAUCUCUCUCAUUCCUGCAUAAAUAAAAACAAAGGACUCAAGAGUCUCUUGUAUGUUUGGGAGUUUCUACCUGCUACAGAUAAACUCCAGAUGUUUAAGAAUAAUUCUUAUGAAAGCAGUCAACAGUAUGCCAGCAAAAAUAAUCUGAUUUGUAGUAUUACUAGUCCCAUUGCAGAGAAGAAAAUUUCAAAGAUUUAAGUUUCCUGUCUUCCACUAACUAGGUGAAGUACAUUUCUUUCCAAUACUUUUAGUGAUAAAUAAUAGGAGCAAUAAUGCCUAUAAAAGCCAAAGAACAAUAGCAAGUAAGGCAAUUCUGAUGAGUGUUUAAGCAAAUUGUGUUUAUUUUUUACAUCAUUUUCUAUCUAUCAUGAAGAUAGUGUAUUUUGCCAUUUGACCUGACUGAGAGUUUUUCAAUGAAAAGUAUUACUUGAAGUAUUAUUCAGCAAGAGCAGCACUGUUUGUGAAAAUGGAUGGUCUUGAAAAUUCCCAUUAGCAGUAUAUUGUGGAAAAAAGGUUUUAACUUAUUGAAAUAUCCUGUUUCAAAAUUUAUGAAUGUGAAUUUUUAUUUUUCAGUUUAAAUUGACUUCAUUUUGAAACAUUGAGAAAUGUAUAUAAAAAGGGAUUAAAAUUAAAAUUAUUCAUUUAAAGCAUUCCUUGAUCAGAUUUAUAAUUCUUUUAUCAGAUUAGCAAUUUGCCAAGAUUUUGAGAAUUAAGGCUAUUUUUUAGAAGAUUCAAAAACUUACAUAGCACGGGGACCUUUCUCCUUUGUAAUUUUCAAUUGUAUUGGUUUUCCUCUCAGGUCAGAGUUUCUGAUUCCAGCUUAGCCCAUGACUUAAAUCCUCUAUUACUAAUUGAACUAUUUUUAAAUGAAAAGAAGAAUUCACAUAGAUUAUUUUAUUCAUUUUUAUUAAUCAAGACCUUAAGACUCCUGGAUGGCGUUCAUCAGCUAAAUAUCACACUUUCCCCCCAGUGACAGCCACAAGUGUCUCCAGACAGUGAUUGAAGCCACAAUGGUGCACCUGCUGGUUUUAACUAGAAUUGUGUACUGGAGAGGAGAUAGUUACAGAUAUGUCCAUAUAAGCUGUUUAUUGAUGAAAUAUUUAGGCACUUCAGGCAUAACAAAUAUGCAUCAACCAGAACUUAGCUUUGGGUUCACCAAGUGUCACCAAACAUUAUGUUUUAAGCUUUAGCUUUAAGCCUCACUUUACCUUGAGCUUCCUACUUUGGGGAGAAUAAAAGGACAGAAGGAGAAAAGAAAGAAACUACGAAAAUGGAAUGGAACAGAAGGCUCUGGAACACAUCUACAUUGCUGUCAAUCAAGUAAAAGAGUGGACUCAAGCCAAGCAGCAAUAGCUAGGCAGAUACAAUUUUCUGGUCUAUUUAACUUAAAAUACCUCAACACUUCACAGAAGUCACUUCUAUGACUGUAAAGUAGAUGUGGCUUAAGAGGGGGAAUUUUGUGUUGUGUUUUGGUUUCAUUUCUUCUGUUACUGCCAAGCUUCUCAAAGACUGUAAAGGAAAUUACUAUUAUAACCUAUUUUACUCAUAAGGUGCUUAUUCCCCACAAUAAUAAUAUACAAGACUGAUUUAUAAAUCAAAUUAUUAGGAAGAUUUCAGUGUAGAUGAGUAGAUAUUAAUCUGCAAAGUGCUCUUUACAUUAUUUACAUUACCAUUUGUUGAUUUUUAAAUGGAAGACCUUUUAGUGUGCUUGAGAUUUGACAAUAGAAAUCAUUUUUUCCUUAUAUUUUUACUAAACUAUGAGAACUACCCUGGUGUUUUGUCAUCACUAACCCAUGCAAUUUUUUUGCCUUGUGUUUUAUCAUAGGGUUGUAAAUGUAUAGAUUAAAUAUUGAACUUUUAUAUUUAACUUACAAUUUUUUGCAUCGAAACAGAAACUAUGACCUUCAGUUUCUGUAUAUAAAUAUUUCUAUUUCAGUUUAUUAAUAAUUAAUAUUUUUUUGAUGCAUCUUACGGUAUUAAGGUAGAAAAUCUAUAUGCUCUGAAAUUCAACACUGUUUUGGAGAUUCCCAAGCUAGGUCUGAGAAAACUGGCAUUUUGGAUUGCGCAGUGAGAAAUCCCAGAAUCAUAGAAACCCUAGUUCCUUAGCAGUCAAAGGUUUGAGCAUAUGCAAGAGACUUUAUCUUGGGUACCAUUAGCCUGGUGCCAGAUUUAAAUAACUGUCUUUCCUUUUAGAUAUGGCCUGCUAAUAUCAUUACCAAACAUUUCCACUGCUCAAUAGGGUUUAAGACAUAAGAAUUCAAUGCAACUACUUUAGAGAUCUGAAGUUCAGAAGUUGUACAAUCGAAAUUGGCAGAACUCUUAAAAAAUAAUUGACUUUGCAAGUUUUUUUUUCAAAAUGCGUGCAAGACCUUUUCUUGUGUGUUCUUUUAAACAAUUUUCUCAAUUUAAAAAAUACUCCUAACAAGGUUGCUAAUUUUUUUUUUCACUCGUUGAAGAUUAGGUACACCUAAAUGGUACUAUCUUAGGAAAUUUUGCAAGCUUUAACUGUAUAUAAAUUUUUAUUUGAUACAUCACAGAAUUCAGGCUUUUAAAUUAGGACCUUUUAGUCCUAGUGCUUAAACUAGGACUAAAGCACUAGAUAGAAGAGAUUAUGUAUUGUAAAAACCAAUGAAGUGAAAAUGCUGAACUGAUAAAUAGCUUAGAGACAGAGUGCUCCACCUUCCUGGGAGGACUUUAUCAAGUGACAUAAGCUUUUCCCUAAUGUAGGACAGCAUUGCAUUUCCUGUGAUUUCCUUCUGCCAGGUGUCAUCUCUGACUAAAUUAAAAGUUACACUUUUUCAUCAA